CCACGGUAAACCAUCAGAGCCUCAACAUGAAAGUCUCUCACACUUUGAUCUGCUGCUUCUUCCUCUCUCUGCAGGAUGGAAGCGCUGCUCUUGUCUACUCAGGCACUGAAGGAGGAGACGUCACAGUUCAAUGCUCCUUUGGUCUCUUUGAUCAAACGAAGGUCUUCUGUAAGAACCAAUGUAAAGAAGAAGACAUUCUCAUUGAAACAACUAAUAACAGAGCUCGGAGCGGCAGAUACAGCAUGGAAUAUAAAAGAUAUACUAAAGGAGGAGAUCUGUUUGUGACCAUCACACAGCUGACCAAGUCUGACUCAGGACGAUACAGGUGUCGUCUGGGCACAUCUCACUUUUUAUACGAGGAUUUAGAAAUCAUCGUCACAGACGCACUGCUGGAUGGAAACCGUGUAAAAGAGCUCCAUAAAAGAACUGGAGGAACUGUCACAGUGGAAUGCUCCUUUUCUUCCACUGGAACAUGGAAGUUCUUCUGUAAGAACCAAUGUAGAACACGAGACGACAUUCUUAUUGAAACAGAUGCUGACACACUUCAGAGAGGCAGAUACAGCUUCACAUAUUUAACAGGAUCUGGAAGAGUCUCUCUGUUUGUGACCAUCACACAGCUGACCACGUCUGACUCAGGACGGUACAGGUGUCGUCAGGGCAGAACCUUUUCUUCAUCUUCACACAGGGACUUUGAGAUCUUUGUUUCAGACGGACAGCAGAGGUUCCCCUCCACUACAGAAAGACCCACGCCACCACCAACACAGAGGUUAACCUCCACUACAGGAAGCUCCACAACUUCCUCAGAUUCAGGUAUGCCGCUGUAUGCGUGUCUCACUCUGGUCAUUGUGGUUAUCCUUCUGUCACUGGCUCUGAUUAUGAUCUGCAUCAAGAGGAAAAACAAACAAUGUGGUUCGGAGGCCAGAGGAGAUUUAGACGGCACAAACACGGAGAUUGCCCUCUAUGAGAACUGUGGUCCAGUCUCCACAGGUGAAGACGCCACCUACCAGAGCCUCAAUCCAGCCAGCAGGGAUCAGAACCAAAUCUACUCCACACUCACACACUCGUAACACACAUGAUCCUUAGUGAAGUCAGACCUGGACGGCCCUGAGAACUCAGCAGCUUAAGAAAUGCAAAUGCGGGAAAACUCAGCUUUUCUUUAUGCCACGUAGCUACUUUUGUCCAGUUUGAGAAUGUGUUUUUUUCAGUUUGCUGCCGUGUCACUGAUUUGUAAUGUCCUCCUUUUUACCUUUUUUGACGAUGUUUAAAAUUCAAUUCAAUAAACUUUAUUUGUCCCCAGGGGGAAAUUGAAAA